AAUAAAUAAUUCUAAUAUAAAAUAUGCCUCUUUGUGGUGGAGCUCCCAAGACGAUACAGCGUAAGAUUGUCAUUCUAGGUGAUGGUGCAUGUGGUAAGACAUCUUUAUUGAAUGUUUUCACCCGUGGAUAUUUCCCACAAGUGUAUGAGCCAACAGUGUUUGAAAACUAUGUUCAUGACAUUUUCAUUGAUGGUCAAUCAGUUCAGUUAUCAUUGUGGGAUACUGCUGGUCAAGAAGAAUUUGAUCGGUUAAGAUCUCUUUCUUACUCAGACACACAUUGUAUCAUGUUAUGUUUCUCUAUAGACUCGGUCGACUCGUUAGAAAACGUCCAAUCUAAAUGGGCUGGAGAAAUUGCUGAUCAUUGUGAUGGCGUUAAAUUGGUGUUGGUGGCAUUAAAAUGUGAUUUACGUAGCAAUGAAGAUACAGACUUGGACCAACCAACCCAUGAGGAAGAGUCAUACAACCCAUACUCACAAGGCGGUGCUGGUGGAUCAUCCAAUCCUUAUCAACAACAAAAGAGACUCAUCAGUUACGACGAAGGAUUGGCGGUUGCCAAGAAGGUUGGUGCAUUGAGAUAUUUGGAAUGUUCAGCCAAGAAGAAUAGAGGUGUGAAUGAAGCGUUUUCUGAGGCUGCUAGAUGUGCCCUCAAUGCCAAACCAAAGGGUGCCAACGAUAAUGAACCAGAAAAGAAGUCGUGCGUUAUCAUGUAG